GUUUGGCAUGACAACAUGAAUUCACCUUACACAGCUGUGCAGUAUUCUCCAGAGUUUCCCUUGUAUCGACCCAGGGACCCGUCCUCCCGUUUGUCCUGGAGAGAGAGCUCGUUCCUCACCACCAUGUCCCAGAACCAGUCAGCACAGACAACUGAGUUCUUCAGCCAAGAUGUAUUCAACCAGCUGUUUGAUAUGCUGGACCAAUCUGCCAUUCAUUCAGUCCAGCCCAUAGAGCUGAACUUCACAGACAGUCCAACAGAUGGGUCUACAGGAAACACCAUCCAGAUCAGUAUGGACUGUAUCACCAUGCACAAGCCUGAAGAGACACUUUCAUCACAGUACACAAACCUGGGGCUCCUGAACAGCAUGGAUCAGAACAUUCAGAACGGCGGCUCAACCUCCACCAGCCCCUACAACAACGACCAUGCACAGAACAACGUGACAGCCCCAUCGCCCUACGCCCAGCCCAGCUCCACCUUCGACGCCAUGUCUCCCUCACCGGCAAUCCCAUCCAACACAGAUUACGCUGGCACUCACACUUUUGAUGUGUCCUUCCAGCAGUCUAGUACGGCAAAGUCUGCCACCUGGACGUACUCAACAGAACUGAAGAAGUUAUACUGCCAGAUUGCCAAGACAUGUCCCAUUCAGAUCAAAGUCCUGACCAACCCACCCCAGGGUGCUGUGAUCAGAGCCAUGCCUGUUUACAAGAAAGCCGAACAUGUGACCGAAGUGGUAAAGCGCUGCCCGAACCACGAGCUCAGCCGCGAGUUCAACGAUGGUCAGAUCGCUCCUCCCAGCCAUCUGAUUCGCGUGGAGGGAAACAGCCACGCCCAGUACUUGGAGGACACCAUCACUGGAAGACAGAGUGUAUUUGUUCCUUAUGAACCUCCCCAGGUUGGAACAGAAUUCACCACGAUCUUGUACAACUUCAUGUGCAACUCAAGCUGCGUGGGUGGAAUGAACAGACGCCCAAUUCUCAUCAUUGUCACUCUGGAAACCAGAGACGGUCAGGUAUUAGGCCGACGGUGCUUCGAGGCCAGGAUUUGCGCCUGCCCGGGCCGAGACCGCAAGGCGGACGAGGACAGCAUCCGCAAGCAGCAUGUAACAGACGCCACAAAGAGCAAUGACGGUACGAAACGCCCUUUCCGCCAGGUUUCCCAUGGCAUACAGAUGUCUACUAUCAAGAAGAGAAGAUCCACAGACGAGGAGGUGUUCUGUUUGCCUAUUAAAGGCCGUGAAAUUUAUGAGAUUUUGGUAAAAAUUAAAGAGUCUCUGGAGCUCAUGCAGUUCCUUCCACAACACACCAUAGAAUCAUACCGGCAGCAGCAGCAAAACCUACUCCAGAAACAGACCUCGAUGCAGUCUCAGCCCUCCUACGGCUCCGGCUCCCCUACUCACGGAAAAGUCAACAAGCUGCCCUCUGUCAGCCAGCUCAUCAACCCGCAGCAGCGUAACACACUCACCCCGUCCAGCAUGUCUGGAGGCCUGACUGACAUGACUCCCAUGAUGGGCAAUCACAUCCCCAUGAACGCUGACAUGAGUUCAUUGAGCCCCACACAUGCACUGCAGCAACAGCUCCCCCUGGUGCCUUCCUCCCACUGUACCCCCCCUCCUCCAUACCCCAUGGACAGCAGCAUCUCCAGCUUCCUUAUACGGCUGGGCUGCGCAGGCUGCUUGGACUACUUCACAGCACAAGGCCUAACCAACAUCUACCAGAUUGAGAACUAUAACAUGGAGGACCUGUCCAGGAUGAAGAUCCCUGUGGAGUUCCAGCACAUCAUCUGGAAGGGCAUCAUGGAGCACCGACAGGCCAUGGAUUUUUCCCCACCUCCCCACAUAGUGCGCACCACCAGCGGGGCCUCCUCCGUCAGCAUGGGCUCCUCCGAGGCCCGGGGCGAGCGCGUCAUUGACGCAGUGCGCUUCACCCUGCGCCAGACCAUCUCCUUCCCACCACGCGACGAGUGGUCUGACUUUUCCUUCGACCUGGAUUCUCGCCGCAACAAACAGCAGCGCAUCAAGGAGGAGGGCGAGUGAGGCGACCCGCGUCCUCUUCUCAAUUCCCCCCAAAUCUCACCUCGCGCCUGCUGUUGGAACAUUUCAUUUGAAAACCCUGGUUUCAGUGCAAAAACCUGCUGAGAACAAAAUACAUAUUCACAUCGAGAUGCACUUAUUUCCAUUGUUGUUCUGGUUCUCGUAGUCGCAGAAAAGAAUGGCGUCGAGCAAAGGCGCAUUUUAUUAUGUUCUGGUCUCUUGAGAGCACUUAGGAAAUGCUGAGGAUUUCAAGAUGAUUGCUUUGAGCUUGUGUUAAGUGUCCGUGAUUCAUUCCCAUGUUAAAGCAUGACUGGAAACAAACGUUGCAUUAAAGGGCUUAUUAGGGCUUGUAUUUCUGCUAUGGGCCGUAGCAAAAGUGUAUUUUACUCUGUCAUACUUUUCAAGUUUUCACAUAUGGCUGUACGAGUUAGUCGAGUACACUGGUUUUCAUGUGUGGCAGAAGUCAGCAUUGAUUGUAAACAUUUCAAACAUUUCCUGUCAGAAGUAUUAUGUCAGUUGAUGGGCAAUCUGUUUUCUACUGUAGCUUCUUUAUUUUGCUUUUCUUAUGUCUGUUGUGAGACCAAUGCAUCACCUUGCUGUGUCAGGUUGUGAAGUGUGUGUGCUUAAGUGACAGAUGGUCGUUCAUUUGAUGUAGCCAUAUAUAGGCCUAAUGCUCUUGACCCAGUGUUUUACAGUACGUUGAUACUAUGACUGAUGUUGUUUGUUCCUUGUUUUACUGCUGUGCAAAAGUGGUUGAGUGAGAAAGAGCAGACCUUUGUUUCUUGCAGCGGGUGCCUAACACAAGUAUUUCUGUUUUUUAUUCAUAAACCAUGUUUUGGUAGAGGUUUACUUCAUUUUAUAACUGGCCAAAACCUAUGAUAUAGAUGUAUAUAAAUUUGUAUAGUUCUUUUAUGAAAGUCUCCCUAAAGAAAAUGACAUGGUUUUCAUCAUGGAAAAAAGCACACUGAUGUGAAUAUUCCCUGGAAGCUUCAUCGGCGAGGACACGGUUUGUAUGAGCUCUGACGGGUGCGUACUGUAUGCGUGUAGCCUGAAUUAGCUCGCAGCCGAUUUUCAACAUGGUUUCAAUUAGCGAGCAUUUGCAUUUUCAUAUUUUUGUACAAUGUAUUGUAAAUAUGUUGCAAUAUACUGUGGGUAUUUUGAUAUAAAUCUGAAAUAAAUAUCCAUACUUGCUGAAUUGCAUUUUAA